GUGGCAAAUUACCAUCAAUUCCAAUUUCAUUAAUUUUUUUUUUUUUUUCUUUCUCCAUCAACAACAAGACCUGAAUCACUGAGUCAGCGACCAAGACACACACAUACAAGUGCAGAGAAAACAAAGAACAGACACACACACACACACCUUAAUUUAACCAAACAAAACAAAUCUCAUAUCCAUGGUAAUGUUAUUAUGUUAAUAAAACCCUAAUCAAAGAAAUGAGGUUUAGAUCUGUUCGUUGUUGUUGUUGUUUUCUGUUUCUAGUUGUAACCACUUUCUCUCUGCUUCUUGUUGCCGCCGAUAAUCGAAGACCCAAAAAUGUCCAAACUGCCGUUCGCGCUAAAUGGUCCGGUACUCCUAUUCUUCUAGAAGCUGGAGAAUUAUUAUCUAAACAUCAGCAACACUUUUUCUGGAACUUCAUUGAUAUUUGGAUUAAUGCUAAUCCUGAUGCUAAUGAUGAUGUUGAUUCUCAUACUUACACAGCUAAAUAUUGUGUUAAGAAGAUUCUAGAACAUGGUAGUUCUCUUUUAAGUGAACCAUUAGCAUCAUUGUUUGAAUUUUCUCUAAUUCUGAGAUCAGCAUCACCUACACUUGUACUUUACCGUCGAUUAGCUCAUGAUUCUCUUUCGUCAUUUCCACUGUUACAUCAUGAUCAUGAAAUCAUUGAAACAAAAAACAACACUACUCAAUUCGACGGUGUAACUGUCCAAAGUCCUGGAGGGAAAUGUUGUUGGAUUGAUACCGGUGAACACUUGUUUUUCGAUGUUUCUGAAUUGCAAUCGUGGCUCCAAAAUCAGAAUCAUCUUCAACAUGUUGGCGAUUCGUUUCAGAGUCCUCCGGUGUUUGAUUUUGAUCAUGUCCAUUUUGAUUCAGCUACUGGGGGUCCAGUUGCUAUCCUUUAUGGUGCUCUUGGGACCCAUUGCUUUAAGGAGUUUCAUGUUGCUCUUAUUGAAGCUGCUAAACAGGGAAAAGUUAAGUAUGUAUUGAGACCAGUCUUGCCAGCUGGAUGUGAAGCACAUAUUGGACAAUGUGGUUCUGUUGGUGCGAGUGAGUCAGUAAACUUGGGUGGUUAUGGUGUGGAACUUGCUUUGAAGAAUAUGGAAUAUAAAGCCAUGGACGAUAGUGCAAUUAAAAAAGGUGUGACUUUGGAGGAUCCCCGCACCGAAGAUCUUAGCCAAGAAGUUAGAGGAUUCAUAUUCUCUAAAAUUCUGGAUCGUAAACCUGAGUUAGCAUCUGAGAUAAUGGCUUUCAGGGAUUAUCUGCUGUCAUCAACCGUAUCAGAUACACUUGAUGUUUGGGAACUGAAGGAUCUUGGACAUCAAACUGUACAGAGAAUAGUCCGUGCUACUGAUCCUCUGCAGUCAAUGCAGGAUAUUAAUCAAAAUUUCCCUACCAUAGUUUCUUAUUUGUCUCGCAUGAAGCUUGACGAUUCUGUUCGAGAUGAAAUAACUGCAAACCAGCGGAUGAUCCCGCCUGGCAAGUCAUUAAUGGCUCUCAACGGUGCUUUACUCAAUGUCGAAGAUAUUGACCUUAAUCUGUUGAUUGACUUGGUUCAUCAGGAUCUGUUGUUGGCUGAUCAGUUCUCAAAAUUGAAGAUUCCUCAUAGCAUUGUGCGAAAACUGCUGUCAACUUUACCUCCGUCAGAGUCUGAUACGUUUCGACUUGAUUUUCGUUCUACUCAUGUUCAUUAUCUGAACAACUUGGAAGAAGAUGGCAAGUACAAAUGGUGGAGGUCCAAUCUAAAUGAGAUCUUGAUGCCGGUCUUCCCGGGGCAGCUACGUCAAAUCCGUAAAAAUCUUUUCCAUGCUGUUUUUGUUCUUGAUCCAGCAACCACUUGUGGUCUUGAGUCAGUUGAUAUGAUCAUAUCAUUGUAUGAGAAUAAUUUUCCUGUGAGAUUUGGGAUUGUAUUGUAUUCUUCAAAGUACAUCAUGCAGUUAGAGGAUCAUUCUACCAAAGAGGAGGGAGAUAAAUUUGAGGACGACAUAUCUAAUAUGAUUAUACGUCUCUUCAGCUAUAUCAAGGGGAACUACGGUAUUGAAAUGGCUUUCAAGUUUUUGAGCAAUGUUAACAGAUUACGCGUUGAAUCAGAUGAUCAUGUAGAAGAUGCUCACCUUGAAUCGCACCAUGUUGAAUCAGCAUUUGUGGAAACAAUCUUACCAAAGGUAAAAUCUCCUCCUCAAGAGAUAUUACUAAAGCUGGAGAAGGAGCCAGAGUUGAAGGAAUUGUCCCAAGAAAGCUCCAAGCAUGUAUUUAAUCUUGGUUUGUCUAAGCUUCAAUGUUCUCUGUUGAUGAAUGGGCUUGUUAUUGAUCCGAAUGAGGAGGCUCUACAAAAUGCCUUGAAUGAUGAGACUCAGAGAAUACAGGAGCAAGUAUAUUUUGGACAAAUAAAAUCUCACACUGAUGUAUUGGACAAGUUCCUAUCAGAAGCUGGUAUUCAACGCUAUAAUCCUCGGAUUAUUUCUGAUAACAAACCAAGGUUCAUAUCUCUUUCAAUGUCUACUUUUGGAGAGGCGUCUAUACUGAACGACAUUAAUUACUUGCACUCUCCUGGAACAACGAAUGAUUUGAAGCCUGUGACACAUCUUCUUGCUGUUGACAUCACUUCAGGGAGUGGGAUUAAGUUACUUCGCCAAGGCUUAAAUUAUCUGAUAGAAGGGUCCAAAGAUGCUCGUGUAGGUCUUCUGUUUAGUGGCAACCAAACUACAAAUUUGUUUAGCCUCCUUUUUGUGAAGGUUUUUGAAAUUACUACAUCCUCAUAUAGCCAUAAGAAGAAUGCAUUAGACUUCGUGGAUCAGCUUUCCUCAGUCUAUCAGCAGAAAUACAUCCUUACAUCUGCUGUGGAAGUUGAUGGGACCCAAGAAUUUAUUGAUGAGAUCUGCAAGCUUGCUGAGUCUAAUGGGUUACCAUCUAAGGGCUAUAGGUCUUCCCUCUCAGAAUUUUCUGCUGGUGAAGUGAGAAGGCAUUUGAGUGAGGUGGAGAAGUUUUUGUAUAUAGCACUUGGGUCUGAAUCUGGUGUUAAUGCUGUCUUCACUAAUGGAAGGGUAACUUGUCCUAUUGACGAAAGCACAUUUUUGAGUGCUGAUCUGCAUCUUCUUGAAUCAAUCGAGCUUAAGAAGAGGACAAACCAUAUUGUGGAUAUUAUUGAAGAGGUGACAUGGCAAGAUGUGGACCCUGACAUGCUGACAAGCAAAUUCAUUAGUGAUAUUAUCAUGUCUGUAUCAUCUUCAAUGUCUAUGAGAGAACGGAGUUCUGAAAGUGCUCGUUUUGAGGUUUUGAGUGAUCAACACAGUGCCAUUAUUCUAAACAAUGAAAAUUCUAGCAUUCAUAUUGAUGCGGUUCUGGAUCCUUUAAGUCCAACUAGCCAGAAGUUGUCCGGAAUUCUUCGAGUUUUGUGGAAAUACAUUCAGCCCAGCAUGAGGAUUGUACUGAAUCCAUUGAGUUCCCUUGCUGAUCUUCCUCUGAAGAACUAUUACAGAUAUGUAGUACCGUCAAUGGUAUAUCUUACACAUUUGGUUUAUAGAUUAUUCUUCACGCUAUUUAAUCCUUGGGUUCUUAGUUUUUUAUUACUUUUGCAGGAUGAUUUAAGCAACAUUGAUUCUUCGAUAAAUGGUCCAAAAGCAUUUUUUGCCAACAUGCCAUUAUCUAAGACUCUCACCAUGAAUCUUGAUGUUCCGGAGUCCUGGCUUGUUGAGCCCGUUCUUACUGUUCAUGAUCUGGAUAACAUUCUGCUUGAGAACCUUGGGGAUACAAGAACACUACAAGCAGUUUUUGAACUUGAAGCUCUUGUCCUCACAGGUCAUUGCUCUGAGAAAGAUCAUGAUCCUCCACGAGGUCUUCAGCUGAUUCUUGGAACCAAAACCUCACCCCAUUUAGUUGAUACCCUUGUGAUGGCCAAUCUUGGUUAUUGGCAAAUGAAAGUCUCUCCUGGUGUUUGGUUCUUGCAGCUUGCUCCUGGUAGAAGUUCUGAGCUCUAUAUUUUUAAGGAAGAUGAUGACGGAAGUAAGAAUAAACAAUCAUCAAAACUCAUCACUAUUAAUAGUUUACGGGGUAAAGUGGUUCAUAUGGAAGUAGUGAAAAGAAAGGGCAAGGAACAUGAGAAAUUACUGAUUCCUGAUGAUGAUGACAAUCUGCAAGAUAAGAAGAAAGGAAGUGGCUGGAAUUCCAACUUACUAAAAUGGGCUUCUGGUUUCAUUAGUAGCAGUGAGCAAUCUAAAAACGCUGAAAGCAAUUCACUUGAGAACGGAAGAGGGGGACGGCAUGGAAAAACAAUUAAUAUCUUUUCAAUUGCUUCUGGACACCUAUAUGAACGCUUUUUGAAGAUUAUGAUUCUCAGUGUUUUAAAGAAUACCAACCGUCCAGUUAAAUUUUGGUUCAUAAAGAACUAUCUCUCUCCAUCUUUUAAGGAUCUGAUUCCCCACAUGUCCGAAGAGUAUGGUUUCGAAUAUGAACUAAUCACAUACAAAUGGCCUACUUGGUUGCAUAAGCAGAAAGAGAAGCAACGAAUAAUUUGGGCAUAUAAAAUUUUGUUCCUGGAUGUCAUCUUUCCCCUUUCCUUGGAGAAGGUCAUUUUUGUGGAUGCUGAUCAGAUUGUCAGGACUGACAUGGGAGAGCUCUAUGACAUGAAUUUAAAAGGAAGACCUCUGGCAUAUACUCCAUUUUGUGAUAAUAAUAGGGAGAUGGAUGGAUAUCGGUUUUGGAGACAGGGUUUCUGGAAGGAUCAUUUGCGGGGGAGACCGUACCAUAUUAGUGCUUUGUAUGUCGUUGAUUUGAAGAAGUUCCGAGAGACUGCUGCUGGAGAUAACCUUCGAGUUUUCUAUGAAACCCUUAGCAAGGAUCCAAAUAGUCUAGCUAACUUGGAUCAGGAUCUUCCUAAUUAUGCACAGCAUACUGUGCCCAUUUUUUCUUUGCCACAAGAAUGGUUAUGGUGUGAGUCAUGGUGUGGUAAUGCUACAAAAUCCAAGGCAAAAACUAUUGAUCUGUGCAACAAUCCUAUGACUAAAGAGCCCAAACUUCAGGGUGCUAGACGAAUUGUAGCUGAGUGGCCAGACCUUGAUUUGGAGGCGAGAAAAUUCACUGCACGAAUCUUGGGCGAUGACCUAGAACCUAUUCAAUCCCCUGACCAAUCGAAGGAUUCAACUAAUGACGACUCAUUGAAAGAAGAGGACUUGGAAUCCAAGGCAGAGUUGUGAUGCGUGGACAUGAUUGACAGAAAGUGUUAUGUGCAGGUCAAAGUUCUUGGAAAAAAGCGUCUUAUUUGAUGCAGUCGGCACCGUAUAGCAUCACGGUAUCUUAAUUUAUUACCAUGGAAGGAGUGUUUGGUUGAUAUAUUAUUGGCAUGCCACCAAACACUAACAACAGUGAAUGCAAUGAAGAUUUGCCUUCUCUGUUAAGAAUUUUUGGUUAGAGGGAAGUGUUGUUGGUAUAUUUAAAUCUAAUUUUGUAGACAGAGGUGUCUGUGCCAUAAUCUCAUGAACAAUCCUACACACCUCCAACUCUACCCCUAGUUCUUUUCAAGAAUAAAUCUUUAGAAUGUGAGAAGAAUGCUAGAAUCACAAUGUCAAAUUUACCAUAGUGAUAGUGUAACUUUAUUUUACAUUA